AUGCAGCGGGCCCAGGAAGCCGAAGGCAGCAGAGAGGCAGCAGCAGCAGCAGACGGCAACGUGGGGAAGGGGACGUCUCCGGGCCGCGGAACGAGAGAGAAAAGGGAGAGCCAGAAGAGGAAGACCUGCUCGGCUCCUGCAGCCUCUCCGGCUUCGGCCUUGAAGUCCCGGCCUCGGCCCAGCGACCGGCUGAACCCCAAAACCAUCGAUCCGUUCAAUAUUGAGUCAAGGGUGUCCUCCACCUUUGCCGCCAUUUAUUCCAAAGGGGGCAUCCCUUGCAGGUUAGUCCACGGCUCCGUAAGGCACAAACUGCAAUGGGACUGUCACCCUGCAACACUUCAGUUUGAUCCCCUUCUUAUUAAUUUAGCAGAGCUAGAGGGGACCGUGGGGUCGGGGUUUGGGGAAGCGGAGAAAUUGAGAAUUUCUCAAUUACUACUAGUAGUAGUAAAGGCUAGAUGUUGCACCAUGUCUGACCAUUUAAAAAUCCCACUGUCCUGUCUGUCUCUUUCCAAGAGACAGAUGAGCAAGAAGUUCAAAGAACAAACCACGGAGGCGUUGCAAAAACUGGAGCAAUACGGCGGAAAAGAAAGCCUGACUAUUAUAAAGGCAAAGAUUCCAACUUAUUCUUCAAUUUCUUCCUAAGGAAUGUGAUGAAGAGCCCUGCCUUGCAGCUGCAUGGUGUUAAUUUAUUUUUCUGCAGUGUAUAUUGUUCUGCGAUCUUUCAGGGAAAGAAGUGAUUAAUAUUUUAAAUUAAGACGAGUGUCAAGAAUAAAAGUGUCCUGGAUGCUUAAUUAUGAAAAACGCUUAGCGAUGGCAUCAUCUUUGUUUUAGUCCCUUUUCUGUUAAAAUUAU